AUGAAUCGAGCUUCCAACGGUGUGGAUGGGGACCCAAGCACCAUAGUUCAAGCUGACCAAAGUUAUCCGGACUCCAAUUGGUUUGUUGUUGACCUUAUUAAUGCAUACCAUGUCGAGUAUAUUUCGCUGCACACUAAUCCUAACUGUGUAGGUGGAUGUGGGAAUGGUUACCACAUCUGUGAUACCAGCCCAUUUUCUAAUCUACCAGCCGAUCACACAUUUACGGUUCCUUGUGGGGGAUACACGGAAUUCUACAGAUUUGUCAUUAUUCAACGGGAUCAUAGUAUUGAAGAAAUGCUUUCAGAUAAACAGUUACAAUUUGCAGAGCUAGAAGUUUAUGCCAACGAUAUUUUAUUACGAUAUAGUAAUGUAGCAUUGAAUCAACCUGCUUAUAUGAGUACUGAAGAUCUGGUGCAUUCUCCAAGUUUAUGUGUUGAUGGAGACAAAACAACUUUCUGUUUGUUGUCACCAGAAACUCCUAUCUACGAAAACUGGUUUGCGGUUGAUCUUAUUCAAAAAUUCAAAGUCGUCUACGUUGUGCUGUAUUCGCGCUCUGGAUGUUGUUACGAUACCAUGGACAAUUUUCUUGUUGGACUUACAAAUUAUUUUGAUCCAAAAGUGAACAAAACCAUACGGGAUAAUUACGAGUUUUGUGGUCAAUAUCCAAAGACAGUUUCAGCCGAUUUUCAACCAAUGAGAGUUGAUUGUAUUAACAUUAACAUUUACUCAAGAUUUGUUAUUAUUCAGCAAGAGGCGGCUAAGGCUGGUCCCGCCAGUCCAAUGACAUUCGCUGAACUUGAAAAUGGAGAGCAUUGCAUGUGUGGAACUCCACCAGAACCUGGAAAAACUUAUGUCUCCUGCGGCUGUAGUUCCAUUUCUUGGUGCUCCUCUCAUUACGCUGUUUUUUCAGGAAUAACCAGUUCAGGAUAUAAAGGUUGUCAUCAGGAUUUUCUCCGGAUUUUAGUGUAUAUGACUAUAUGA